AUAUAGGUCUGGGCCGGGGUCGGGCCGGGCCGGGCCCACCCCCUGCGAUGGUGACAUAGCCCCUUUAAGACAGACGCCUGGGCGCGGGUCGGACCCACCCCUGUAGGGCGGCACAGCCCCUUUAAGAGAGGAGCGUCGCACGUGACGCCGGCCGGGCGCAUGCGCGCAGAGGGAGCCGGGCCCCGCCCCCCGCGCGGGGUCGCGGGUGAGAGGUCGGCAAGAUGGCGGCGGCCUGAGCGGGGAGGGCGAACGGCGGCGAUGUGGGCGGCGCGGCGGGCAGCGCUGAGGGCAGCGCGGCGGCCGCCCCCGGCCCCCCGCAGGGCCCUGGCCCGGCCGGCUGGCCCACAGAGCACCCGGCAGCUGAGGGAGGCCGAGGAGGCCGCCCCGGUGUUCCAGUACGCGGGGAAGGCGGCCGAGCGGAAGGAUCGCGUCUUCGUCUGGGGCUUCUGCUACUCGGGCGCCCUGGGCGUCCCCAGCUUCGUGAAGCCGGACGCGGGCUGGAAGAGGCGGCGGCGGAUCCAGCCCACCCCCUACCGGCUGGAGACGGCGGCCAAGAUAUCUUCUGCUGCCUGCGGUUAUGGAUUCACACUGCUGUCCUCUAAGACCGCGGACAUCAUCAAAGUGUGGGGCAUGGGGCUGAACAAGGAUUCCCAGCUUGGGUUCCAGAGAAGCAGAAGAGAUCAAACUAAGGGCUAUGAGUAUGUCUUGGAACCAUCUCCAAUUCCAUUACCACUGGAGAAGCCGCAGCAGACUCGAGUCUUGCAGGUGUCCUGUGGGAGAGCCCAUUCCCUGAUCCUGACAGAUAGUGAAGGAGUUUUCACAAUGGGGAACAAUGCUUAUGGACAGUGUGGCCGGAAGGUUGUUGAAGAUGAAACUUACAGUGAAAGCCAUCUAAUUCAUCAGCUGAAGGAGUUUGACAGCAGAGUUGUCCAGGUUGUGUGUGGGCAGGACCACAGUCUGUUUAGAACUAAGAAAGGUACAGUCUAUGCCUGCGGAUGGGGAGCUGACGGACAAACAGGUCUUGGACACUACAACAUCACCAGUGUUCCAACUAAGCUACGUGGUGACAUUGCUGGAGUAAACAUUAUCCAGGUCUCUUCCUAUGGGGACUGUUGUCUGGCUGUUUCAGAUGAAGGAGAUGUCUUUGGCUGGGGAAAUUCAGAGUACUUGCAGUUGGCAUCUGUCACAGAAACCACACAGGUGAACGUUCCCAGACAUUUGCCAUUCAAGAUUGGGAAGAUAAAGGAGGCUGCAUGUGGAGGGACUGGCAAUAUUGUGCUAACAGAAGAAGGAAAUGUUUUUGUCUGGGGAUACGGAAUUCUUGGGAAAGGACCAAACCUAAUAGAGACAGCAGUGCCAGAGAUGAUCCCACCCAGCCUUUUUGGCUGGUCAGACUUCAAUCCGGACAUCCGUGUUGCUCACGUUCGCUGUGGACUCAGCCAGUUUGCGGCGCUUACAAACAGAGGAGAACUGUUUGUAUGGGGCAAGAAUCUAAGAGGCUGCCUGGGAAUUGGAAGAAUGGAAGACCAGUAUUUCCCCUGGAGGGUGACUGUACCCGGUGAGGUGGUGGAUGUUGCGUGUGGAGUUGAUCAUAUGGUAAGCAUGGCCAAGUCUUUUAUCUAGAAUACUGCUGGGCCUCAGCGCUGUGCUAAGAAGAUGGGGCAACUUGGUGACCAGCUUCUUGGAUAGCAAGACUUGUUCUGUGAAGCUGAGCAAGACGUGACUGUGAGCGGAGACAGCCAUGGUAGUGCCUGGGUAUGUUGUCGUCUCUGCAUUGUUGAAACGCUCCAGCCUGGCCAUAGGAAGUCUGUAUGUUCCCUGAGGAGAGUGAAACACAAGGAGUGUUCUGCCUGGUUCAUGAUGAGCUCCCAAAGAGUCUGGGGCGCAGCUCAUGGCUGGCGAGUCCCUCCCUGCCUGAGGAUGAAGAGCAUCUCCCUCAAGGACGACUGGCAUGAGGUGAAAGCUGUAGCACAGGACAUUCAUUUAUGGACAUGUUCUCUGUCACCAGCUCUGGGGUGUCAGCGUUGGGCUGAGCCGAACUGCUUCUUAAGGGAAGGGGGUGGGGGGGGUUUAUAACUAUUUUUUUAUGUGAAAGAAGAGUCCUGCUGGCUGUCGGGAGCCCAGCACAGCCGCCCUCUGAGCCCACCACCAGCAGCGGUGGGGGCAGUGCUCGGCUCUGAUCCCAGGCUGCUGCAGGCUUUCCGGGGAGGCUCUGAAGACCAAACACCCAAGGAACAUGUUCAUUAAACUGGAAGAGUGAGAACUUGUUUGCACCAUAAGACAGCACGGAAAGAUAAAUCGGAGGCUGGCUGCGCUGCCGUUGCUGGGGAGGGAUGGAUUGAUAGUGACAGUGGCCAGUCUGUCCUGAUCGCGGCGGGAGGCUGGAAACAGCUUAGCUCUGUGCAGGGCCAGUGCUCACUGCUCAAGUACCUUUGUCUUCACGUGUUGACCGCAAACCCUGCGGCCUUUGGGGUUUUUCUAGGGGGGGAGUCCUUGCACCCUUUCUGCCUUCAGGGAUAUGGUGGCUCUUGGUUGCAAAGAGCCCUUUUAAAUUAGCCAGGCUUUUUGGUCAUGCCUAGCAGGGAAAUAGCCUUAAUGGGCUAGAAGCAGAGCCUUGUUUCUUGGUACCUUCUUAGCAAAGAAGUUGUGGUGAGUGCACUUGGGAUGCAGCUAUCUGUACCUGUAGCAGGUACUUACCAAAUCUCACACUGAAGUGUGGGGAAGUGUCUGCUGUGAAAUACUCCAGACAUCAGGCACAGUUACAUCAUUUCUCCCUGUGUGGGAUACUUCUACUGUGUAAAUUAUUUUGGCAAAAUCCAAGCUAAUAUGUUUUAAAUAAAGUGAUCAUAAAGCCUUUA